UGUUAUUUUAUUGCAAAACAAUAUGGAAACCACAACUAAAAUUAACUUUUUUUUUGAGACGGAGUCUUGCUCUGUCACCGAGGCUGGAGUGCAACAGUGUGAUCUUGACUCACUGCAACCUCCGCCUCCCUGGUUCAAACGAUUUUCCUGCCUCAGCCUCCGGGGUAGCUGGGAUUACAGGCACACACCAUCACACCUGGCUAAUUUUUGUAUUUUUAGGAGAGAUGGGGUUUCACCAAGUUGGCCAGGCUGGUCUUGAACUCCUGACCUCAAGUGAUCCACCCACCUCGGCCUCCCAAAAUGCUGGGAUUACAUGCGUGAGCCACUGCACUCUGCCUAACAUUUUAAAUUAAAAAUUAACAUUUUAGGCUAGGCGUGGUGGCUCACUGUAAUCCCAGCACUUUAGGAAUCUGAGGUGGGAGGACUGCUUGAGGCCAGGAGUUCAAGAUCAGCCUGGGCAACAAAUGAGACAGUGUGUCUACAAAAAAAUAUAAAAAUUAUCUGGGCAUGGUGGCACGUGCCUCUAGGCCCAGCUACUUGGGAGGCUAAGGUGGAAGGUUCGCUUGAGCCCAGAAGUUCCAGGUUGUAGUGAGCUAUGACUGUACCAUUAUACUACAGCCUGGGUGACAGACCAAGACCUUGUCUCUAAAACAAUAAGAAAAACAAAAUUAACAUUUUAUACAAUGAAAACAUUAAAAUCACAAUUAAAAUCCAAGAGAAAACCCUUCAUUCAAUUUCCUAAUUAAAUAAAUUCAUUUUCAUUUGUCCAUGUUACUAUCUAGUCUUUAUCCAUACACUUAUUAUUUACAUUUUUGUAGUAAUACUACAGGUAAUUUUUUUUCUUUUUUCUUUUUUUUUAAAGAUGGAGUCUCACUCUGUGGCCCAGGCUGGAGUGCAGUGUCAUGAUCUCCGCUCACUGCAAUCUCUGCCUCCCGGAUUCAAGCGAUUCUCCUGCCUGUCUCCCGAGUAGCUGGGAUUACUGGCGCCCGCUACCACGCCCGGCUAAUUUUUACAUUUUUAGCAGAGACGGGGUUUCACCACGUUGGCCAGGCUGGUCUCAAACUACUGACCUCAAGUGAUCCGCCCGCCUUGACCUCCCAAAGUGCUGGGAUUACAGGCGUGAGCCACUGUGCCUGGCCUAUAGUUAAGAUUUUUAUAUUCAUUUUUAGUGAAUGUUAUACCAUAAGUACUCCCCCCCCCACAAUCCUUCUGCCUCUCAUCUUCCCUUUUCCAUUUUCCUAAUACCUCCUACUGCCUCCUCUCAACUACCUUUGUGUGUUUCUUCAUCUUUCUCCGUGCUUAUUCAAAAAUGUCCUGCCACACACACACACACACACACACACACAGGCUUCUCUUUUUGUUAUUCAGACAUUUAAAAAAAUUAAUUCUUGAUCAUUCAACUUGAUUAUUUAGACAUUUCUGUACAGCCAUCUUUUCUAGCUUAACACCACAUCAUGGCUGUCUGCCCCUCUACAUCCGCACACAGAGCUCUAACGCAUGCUUGUUAAACAGCCUUCGUAAUAGUCUCUAAAGAUCAGCCACACUGUUCCCACUUAACCCUACCUCCCAGGUAGGAUUCCCCCAGUAACACUUUCACACAAAACUUAUUUACUGUUCCUUUUACUUCUGGAAGAUUCCGAGAGGAAAGAUUGCUGGGUCAAAGGUCACACGCGUUUUCAAUUUUAAUAGCUAUUCCUGGAUUACUUCCUCAAAAGGCUCUAACAAGUCGCAUUGCUCUCAGCGUGUGAGAGGGUCCUUUGCUCUGAAGAGUCUUCUAAAAUAUUUGUUCAGUCGUUACUUAGCAGGGGCUGGGAGUAACGGAUUUUUUUUUUUUUUUGAGACGGAGUCUAGCUCUGUCGCCCAGGCUGGAGUGCAGUGGCGCAAUCUCGGCUCACGGAUUUGCUCUUUUAAAGGACAUACCCUUUUAUGUUUAAAUGAAGGAACUCAUUGAUGCACCGAGGCGAAAGGAACCUUUAAUUAAGUGCGUCUUCUAUGCGGAGUGAUCGCUUUUGUCACUUGUUCGAGGGGUGAGAGCUCCCGUCGGUUGUCCCUGUUUCUGUGAGCCGUCUACGAAGCCCGGGCUUGGCCUGGGCGACGCUGAGCGGCUUUAACCGGCGGCGUCCAGCCGGCUCCGCCAGCGCUGCCGCCGCCCUCGAGGCUCCCUCUGACUGAAGGCGCUCUGAGCAUCGCGGCAUUAGGGGCUCCUGGUCCCUCAAACAUCCAGGGAAGCCAUUUUCAGGGACUAGGUACUGGCCCCCGCGAGCCGCCACAGCCACAGCCCGCGCUCCGGGCCGAACGCCCGAGCUCAAGAGCUCCCGAGCUUCCGUCGGGCGGCGGCCUCACAGCUGGGGGCCCUGAGGCGGAAGGCGCAGCCGCUCAGCUGCGGACCGGAGGCGUGGCGAGGGCGCACAGGUUCUGUUUUUCGCCGGCCCCGGGCCGCUUUCGGUUUCGUUUCCCGCCGGCGUCUGCACCCUGCGAGAGCCGCCCGCCAGCCAGCGUCCGCCGCCGUCCGCGUCGCGCCACCCGCGGUCCGACGGGAGCAGGCCCAGCGGCCAUGGCCCAGGCCGGCGUCGUCGGUGAGGUGACCCAGGUGCUGUGCGCGGCCGGGGGCGCCCUGGAGUUGCCCGAGCUGCGGCGCCGCUUGCGGAUGGGCUUGAGCGCCGACGCGCUGGAGCGGCUGCUGCGGCAGCGUGGGCGCUUCGUGGUGGCGGUGCGGGCGGGCGGCGCAGCCGCGGCCCCGGAGCGCGUGGUGCUGGCCGCGUCGCCGCUGCGCCUGUGUCGCGCGCACCAGGGCUCCAAGCCGGGCUGCGUGGGGCUCUGCGCGCAGCUCCACCUCUGCAGGUUCAUGGUCUACGGCGCCUGCAAGUUCCUGAGAGCCGGGAAGAACUGUAGGAAUAGUCACAGCUUGACAACCGAACACAACCUGAGUGUGCUGAGGACUCAUGGCGUUGACCACCUGAGCUAUAAUGAGCUAUGCCAACUCUUGUUUCAGAACGACCCCUGGCUUUUGCCAGAAAUUUGCCAACAUUACAACAAAGGAGAUGGACCCCACGGCUCUUGUGCCUUUCAAAAGCAGUGCAUCAAGCUCCAUAUCUGCCAGUAUUUUUUACAGGGGGAAUGCAAGUUUGGCACUAGCUGUAAGAGAUCCCAUGAUUUCUCUAAUUCUGAGAAUCUGGAAAAAUUGGAGAAGUUGGGUAUGAGCUCAGACCUGGUGAGCAGGCUGCCUGCCAUUUAUAGAAAUGCACAUGACAUCAAGAAUAAGAGCUCUGCCCCCAGCAGAGUGCCUCCUCUUUUUGUCCCACAGGGGACUUCUGAAAGAAAAGACAGUUCAGGUUCUGUGUCCCCAAACACUCUUAGCCAGGAGGAGGGUGAUCAGAUCUGUUUGUACCAUAUCCGGAAAAGUUGUAGCUUUCAAGAUAAGUGCCAUAGAGUUCAUUUCCAUUUGCCGUAUCGAUGGCAAUUCUUGGAUAGAGGCAAAUGGGAGGAUUUGGACAACAUGGAACUUAUUGAAGAGGCAUAUUGCAAUCCCAAAAUAGAAAGGAUCCUGUGCUCUGAGUCAGCCAGUACCUUUCACUCUCAUUGUCUGAACUUUAACGCCAUGACUUACGGUGCUACCCAGGCUCGCCGCCUCUCCACGGCCUCCUCUGUCACCAAACCUCCACACUUCAUCCUCACCACUGACUGGAUUUGGUACUGGAGUGAUGAGUUUGGUUCUUGGCAGGAAUAUGGAAGACAGGGCACGGCGCACCCUGUGACCACUGUCAGCAGUAGCGACGUGGAGAAGGCCUACCUGGCCUACUGUACACCGGGGUCUGACGGCCAGGCAGCCACCUUGAAGUUCCAGGCCGGAAAGCACAACUACGAGUUAGAUUUCAAAGCCUUCGUUCAGAAAAACCUGGUCUAUGGCACAACUAAAAAGGUUUGCCGCAGACCCAAAUACGUGUCUCCCCAGGAUGUGAUGACCAUGCAAACCUGCAAUACCAAGUUUCCAGGCCCGAAGAGCAUCCCAGACUAUUGGGACUCCUCUGCCCUGCCAGACCCAGGCUUUCAGAAGAUCACCCUUAGUUCUUCCUCGGAAGAGUAUCAGAAGGUCUGGAACCUCUUUAACCGCACGCUGCCUUUCUACUUUGUUCAGAAGAUUGAGCGAGUACAGAACCUGGCCCUCUGGGAAGUCUACCAGUGGCAAAAAGGACAGAUGCAGAAGCAGAACGGAGGGAAGGCCGUGGACGAGCGGCAGCUGUUCCACGGCACCAGCGCCAUUUUUGUGGACGCCAUCUGCCAGCAGAACUUUGACUGGCGGGUCUGUGGUGUUCAUGGCACUUCCUACGGCAAGGGGAGCUACUUUGCCCGAGAUGCUGCAUAUUCCCACCACUACAGCAAAUCCGACACGCAGACCCACAUGAUGUUCCUGGCCCGGGUGCUGGUGGGCGAGUUCGUCAGGGGCAAUGCCUCCUUUGUCCGUCCCCCGGCCAAGGAGGGCCGGAGCAACGCCUUCUAUGAUAGCUGCGUGAACAGUGUGUCCGACCCCUCCAUCUUUGUGAUCUUUGAGAAACACCAGGUCUACCCAGAGUAUGUCAUCCAGUACACCACCUCCUCCAAGCCCUCGGUCACACCCUCCAUCCUGCUGGCCUUGGGCUCCCUGUUCAGCAGCCGACAGUGAGCGCACAGGAGUGUUCCAGGCCUUUCACCUGCUCUGCCUUGAAAUGGCUAUUUGGGCCUUUCCUUUUCUUUUUAAACAGAAACUUUUAAUGAACUGUUCUCUUAACAUUGACCUCUCAAUGAAGUUAUGUUCUUAAUCUCUUGCUAAUAAUGAUUUUUACUUUUAAGUCACUUUUGGGUUCACUAGUGGACUAACCAGAAGUGAUUGUAGUUGAGUCCAGUUUUGCUUUUUAAUAAUGUGUUGAAGUUUUAGUUUUUACUCUUUGUUGACUUUGCUGCUUAUUGGCACCAGGGACAGAGUUUCUAGAUACAAUUUUAUGGAUUGGUUUUAAUUUUUAUGAGUUUGUCUCUGCAGUGAUUUGGUUUCUUAGAGUCUCAUGGCAUCAUAGUUUUUCCAGAAUGACACAGUAGCCACCGGUGGAGGACAGCCCACGGGCGGCACAGUCACUUCUGCCUGUUGCUCUGACACCAACCCAGGCAGCUCUGCUGUGGCUUCUCCUGGGCUCUGGCAUUAGUUGGUCUGUGUCACAUUGUCAGAACAGGUGGCUGCUGUGUGGUGCCAUCGAGUCCCUGCUGGUUCCCCUUGUCCUGGGAGGGUCACCCAUUGCCCAAGGAAGUGCAUCCACCUGGCAGGUGACCUGGAGGAGUAGCUUCCCUGAGGACCCCCAGGCUUGGCCUGUGAUUGCGCAAACCCACAUUUCCUAAGCACACUGGACACCCUUCGAGUGUGGGUUUUAACAUCCCCGUGAGAUUGAAUACUUGUGCCACACAUGUCACAAAAGAGUAUGGAAAUAAAAGAAAAUUUAUCCGAA